AUGGCAUCAGAUCAAGGUCCACCUGGUCCUAAAGGUGACAAGGGUGAUCAAGGGGACCAGGGGCCGAGGAUGGCGUUUCCAUACCCAAGAGUCAAUCAUGGGUUCCUCUCGGCUGAUCAGCAGUUUAUUAAGCGACGCCUCAUGAAGGGUGAUCAAGGACAAGCUGGCCCACCUGGUCCACCAGGGCCUCCUGGUCCUCCAGGCCCCCGUGGUCCUCCAGGUGACACAGGAAAGGACGGUCCUCGAGGAAUGCCAGGAGUACCUGGAGAAACCGGAUCAACAGGUGAACCUGGAUUGAUGGGACCUCAGGGACCACCAGGACAAAAGGGCUCUAUAGGAGCCACCGGUGUACCUGGCAUUCAUGGACAGAAGGGUGACCCUGGUUUGAUUGGGAAGGAUGGUGAACCAGGUCCCAAGGGUGAUGUUGGAAGUCGAGGUGAGAAGGGUGAUGCUGGUCCAAAAGGUGACAAAGGAGGAAAGGGUGACCCUGGAUCAUCAGCUGCGGGAAUAAAGGGAGAACCAGGUGAAACCGGACUUCGUGGACAAAAGGGUGAACCAGGUCUUCCUGGGCUUCCUGGACUCCCUGGGAUAAAGGGCGAGCCUGGCUUUUGGGGUCCUCAGGGAGAACCUGGGUUGCCUGGACUACCAGGAACAAAGGGAGAGAAAGGAGAUGGCGGGCCACCUGGAAGGGGUGAAAUCGGCCUACCCGGACCUUCAGGCCCCAAGGGUGAGCCGGGUGAUCUAGGGAUGCCAGGCCGGCACGGAGCAAAGGGUGACCGUGGAAAUGAUGGGGAAUCAGGCCCUAUGGGGCCCAGGGGUCCACCUGGGCAGAAGGGUGAACAAGGUGUAACCGAGAUCAUCGACUACAAUGGUAACAUUCAUCAAGCACUACAGAGGAUCACCACCUUAACUGUCACGGGUCCACCAGGGCCUCAAGGAUCUCCAGGAAUACCAGGACCAAAGGGAGACAUGGGGAACCCUGGAUCACCUGGAGCCCCGGGAAUGCAGGGCCCCAAGGGCUCUAAAGGUGACAUCGGUGUUCCAGGAGAUAAAGGAAGCAUGGGCUUACCUGGAUUAUCUGGUAUUAAUGGAGAAAAGGGAGAAAAGGGUGAGAAAGGAGAUCAGGGGAUGGCUGGUCCACAAGGUUCUUCUAUUGCAGGACCCCCAGGACCCACUGGUUCACAAGGCCCACCAGGUCCAAUGGGACCACAUGGCCUUCCAGGACCUAAGGGUGAACCAGGGUUGAAUGGUGUUAAAGGAGGGAAGGGUGAACCAGGUCAAAAAGGUGACAGAGGACCCCUUGGUCUCCCAGGUGCAUCUGGCUUAGAUGGACAGCCAGGACAGCGGGGUAUGGAUGGUGCAUUGGGACCCGCAGGUCCAGCAGGUCCAAAGGGAGAUAGAGGCGAAAAAGGAGUUAUUGGUAACCCUGGGCCAAGAGGACCUACAGGUUUGCCUGGCAUUGAUGGAGACCCAGGGUUAGAUGGUUUUUCUGGUCCUAAAGGAGAUAGAGGAGAGAGGGGAGAAAAGGGGGAAAAGGGAAAGAAAGGCAAAAAAGGGCCUAAGGGGGAGAAAGGAGAACAGGGUGCCCCUGGAUUAGAUGCACCUUGCCCAUUGGGCCCGGAUGGAUUGCCGAUGCCAGGAUGUUGGCAGAAGUGAUGAGUCUAACACGAAAGCAUGAAGUUUGUAUAUAAUGCUCCAUAUUUUGUAUUUAUAUAGUUGUAAUGGCUUAAGAAAAGUCAAGAAAAUGUUCGCACAUAGCUGCUUCUACUUCUUUAUAGUAAGAAGUUACACAUCAUACAUUGACUGACAGAACAGUUCUGUCAGCAACUCAUCGUGUUAAAAAGAAACAAUGUGGGAAUGUUGUUCGCCAGUGCUCCCUGUGAGCUCUGUCUCACCUUGUGUAUUUUGCAUGGGCAAGUGCCAUUGAUACUUUUCAGACCAAGUUCCAUCAUAUAAUUGUGACCAAAUAGACUAAAGCAGAUCAAUAAUGUGGAAUGUCGUUGGUUGUUUCCAUUGUAAAUAACUUGGCCAUUGCUUACAGUCUCCAACUAAAGUCCAAUCACUGAUUUUCUGAUGUCGUAUCUGUUCUAAAAAGAAGUGCAUGAAACAUUUGACCAGUGCUAGAUGUGUGACCACUUCAAACACAAACGUUCUGUGCAAUCAGACCUGUGGCCAAGGCCUCUGAACUGUCUUUUUUUUCUCCAUCUAAAGGGAGGAAACCCCUGGCUCAUUGCCAGAAAGAAAUAAUUGAAAUGCAGAGGAAAAGGGGUUUGAAUUUGCAAAAAAAAAAUGCCUAACCUUCUGUUGUUCAACAUCCUGUGUUGUGGAUGAAGUAACCAUGGCAGCAUCAAUUUAUUUUUUGUUUUGUGCAAGCCAGCUCAAGUGGAUGGCAGAGUGACUGAGUUCAUAAUUCAGUGCUCCAAGGGCUAAUCCUUGGCUAAUGCGCAGACAGUGAGCACUGGCAGCAUUGUGUGGCCAGGCUACAGCAUGGUAUGUUUUUCAUUCAGAGGAUUUGAAAGUACAAGUGGAUUUAAAGGAUUCCGUAAAGGAACAAGGGACUCUUCCUUGUGGAGCAGAGAGGUGUCAAUCCUGAAUGAGACAAAAAAAGGAAAUAGCUUUUGACUGAGGUUGGACACUGGCCGCAAGAUUGUUCAACCCAAGUGGGAAAUUUAAACUGGCUCCAAUGGAUGAUUUGGAGUUGACUUUGAAUUGAAAGGAUUUAGUACCGCACAUCUAAAGCAUCUUGUAAGGCACAUUGCUGCUGUUGCCAAACAGUGAAGAGAUGCUGAAGGUAUUAUGCAUGACAAUUAGGAAGACUCCAGCAUGGAAGAACAAGGGUGUUUGGAUUUUAAUUGCAAAGCUCUCUGAAGCGUAUGACCCAGAAGCUUUUGUUUAAUGCAUCGACAACAAAAACCUUUUGUGCCUCAACUAUUCAAUACUUUAUACAUUUGUCUUUCAUAAUAUAAAUGCAAGACCCUAGUGUUAUAUUUAAAGGAAAUGUUUCCAUUUGAGGCAUUUUAUAAUAAUCUUUUCUCAACUAUUAAUUUUAAUGGUGUGUUCUAUACUGUCUUUAGCAAUCAGUUGCUGUGGACAUAACUUUUGUUUUGAUUCAAGACAGGUCUUCCUGCAGAUUCUUUUACAGAGUCCCCUUUGUGCUGACACUGCUAUGUAGGCAGUUUAACUUUUGUGGAACCUUGCAUACUUUUUAUUGAGCAACUGCUCCUACUGGUUUAAAACUUGACGUCAACCCUGUAUUAUGUUUAAGUCCAUAUCCUUUUGUUGGAUCCAGCAUAUGGCAUCUCACAUGGUUAUUACUGCCCAAUCGUGUAUGAGAAAACCUGGGCCUUAAGUGGUCCAAAAGUUUCUGAGAUGGAAAGCAGGCACAGAAAGCCUUGUUGUUUAUUCAAGAAAAAUCCUUCUUCUUCUUAGUAUUUGCAUUUUAUGAGGAUAGAAAUCCCAAAAGCGAUAUUUCAUUGAGUAUUAAUGAAGUAUCAUUGAGUAUUGAGUAACAUUGAGUAUUAAUGUUACUCAAGCAUUAGUCAUUUAACUUGCAGGUAUAUCCUGAUAUUGAGCUCUGUAAAGAUACCUGAUCCUUCUUGAAGCCAAUGGAUGUAUUGCUCCUCUCUUCCCAUCAUUUUUUACUAAAUAUUGACCCCCAGUCCUAUUAUUUUUUUAAUGAGCUGUUGAAUAAUAUGUCCAUUGAAUGUAUUUUAUGUCAACUCCAACAAAAGGAUAGUGACUCACAUCCUACUAUAUUGUAGCAUCUACUUUGCUUUAAAUGAUGUGGCCAAAAGUUGAGGCAACCGUAUGUUGUUCUAAGACCAAGUCCUCACAAUGUCGCCAACAUCACGACGCUGCUUUAGUUGCAAAUGGUUUAUCUUUUGAUAUAUGCUCAGUAUGAAUUAUGUGUCUUUAUUAUGUAUAAAAUGUCAGUUACGUUUUAUUACCUAACUUUAACCAUUCCGCAUGUUCCUCAAGCAUUUUAAUGUAAAAUGCACAGUCACGACAGUGGUUCAUCAUACCAGCAUUUUUUUUAAGUGUCAGAUGAAGGGAAUAUUUUAUGCAAGCUUUCUUGUUUUAUAUAUAAAUAUAUAUAUUUGGUUGUUGUUGUCCUGUUUAAAGCCUCAAAUGCACAAAUGAACUGCUGUUAAUUCACAUUAAUACAUUCUUCAGGUUUUUCCUGAAUUAACUUCACAUCACACUGCAAAGUAGCCAAGCUUAUGUUGCAAACAACGUAGCUGAGGAAAAAAAGAGUUGGGAAUAUUUCUAGUGCAGACUUUCUGUUUUGUUUUUACUUAAACUCUCAUGCAUGGAAUCAUUUUGCUGCCUGGUUCUCUAAGCAGAAUGGUGUGAAAUUUACCUAGACAGUGUUAUACAUCAAUCCUCGGUAGUUUCCUUUCCCUAAAAUUUGCCAAGUUGUUCCCAUGUGUUUGUCAAAUGUCCCCCUCAGUUAUAUCAAAGUUUGAAAUAAUAGUCAACAUAAAGAUCAAAUGAGGAGUACUGGGUUCUCAGUCUUUUCCUUGGAGAAUAAUGCAUGCAAUUCUCUUUUCAUGUGCCAACAAUCAGCAAGGCACGAUAUAAAAAAAUAAAUAAUUGAGGGCAAAAGAUCAUCCUUGCUGUUUGAUUGAAUUAGACAACUUGUCUCCCAUUGUAUUACUAGAUUUGACACAAUAGUAGAUAUAAAGAUUCAACAAGAAGCACUAUCAUCUCAUCCUUGCACCGUAAUGUAUGUGUGCAACAGGUAUUACACUUUUAAUCCAGCAAGGCAGGAUCUCAAGGCAUCGUUUGAGAUUAAUCCAGUUUAGAGGGAUCAGUCUUCUAUUGUGUUCUCCUUGCUUUUCUGUUGAGCUUUCCCCAAUUUGGCAAUCUGAUACAAGCAGAGAAGUUCUCCAAUGAUGGUUUUAAAGCAGUAAAACAUCCCCCUUUUUGUUCCAAAGAUAUUACUUUAUAUUCUGAAAAUUGCCACUAUUUAUUUCACUCAGUGUGCCAUUUGACCUGAUACGUUUUUAGGCUGAGGUAUCAACUUUAACAGAAUUAUGUAUGCCCCAUUCUCUUCAGUUUUUAUAGUAAUAAUUCCUGUUAAACAAUGUAAGUACUAUUACAGCUCUAAUGGUCAGGUUUUAUGUAUUUACUGCUGAAUGUGCCAUCAAAGCAAAGGCAUAGUACUUGCCUCUGGAGUGACAGUAAAAUAACAGAUCUUAAUUCAUAAAUGCAAAAUACUGUUCCAAUGGUUUGAGCAGACUACAGAGAGGUGGCUCAUGUCCCAAUUUACUGCUUAUUGGAAAAGUAUUCAUUUUAUUGAAUCUAUGCUGGCAAUUGUAGAAAAUAAUUAUGUUUAUGGAAAUUAAGAAAUAUUUAGUGAUAAAAGAAAAAUAAUUGUAACAAGUUUACUAACAGUGUAGCCAAUUUCACUGCCACCUGUCUAAAAUUCCUUUAUACUGUGCCACAAUAUCUUUCAGUUUCAUGCCUGGACAUCAGAGUACUCAAAUAUCCAAAUAUAUGAUACUGGGUUCUAAUAUCAAUAUAAUAAAUAACAGACAAAAGCAACAUUUUGUAGUUGUUUCCUAUUAAAUGAAGUCUCCCUUGAAACAGUUUAAUCUGAAAAUCCCCAGAGCAUAAGGGAGAUAUUUUCCUGUCCUGCAGCAUGGGAAGUAGAUUUUCAAGAUUCAGGGCAGAGGGAAAGAGGAAGUAGAGCCAUCAUCGUAGCUCUGUACUGCCAUUAUAUUGCUCCAGUAUUUCAGUAUUUUGUUAGGUUAUCCUCACAGGCUUGAAACAAGCCCAUGUCUAAUAUAAUGAGUACCAGGAGGCAGGACAGCACGAUUCAAGUUCCUCAACUCAUUCCUUGUAAUUCUGUCCAGGCGGAGACAUAAAUAUUUAGUGUCAUGAGUAAAGUAUAUUUUUCUAAUAAAACAAUUAGUGUUGUUGCCUGCUCUCAGACAUCUGCAGACCAGAGGAUCUGUAUGUGGAUACAGCUGAAGGAGAAUGCAGGCUUGUUACAAAGUCCUGGCAUCUUUCUAGCUUUCCGGCAUUUAACCUUCAGAUUACAUCUGUGGAAGGGCAGGGGAGGAGACCACUGCAACUGCCCUCAGAUCUUCACUGCCUUUCUUACUCAUUCUGCUCAGUCAAGGAGCAGGAUUGGAUCUGGAGCUCCCCCUGGAUAAUUUGCAUAGUCCAGGUGCCUCCUCACAGGGACAGUGCACCUUGGCUGUACUAUGUCUGUCAGGCAGUCACUGGAUUGCCAAAUAGCAAACCAUUUAUCAUCCAAUGAAUGCUCACGGAAAUAGAAAUAAGAUUUGCCACUGAAGGUUACACAGUGCUCAGGAGCAUUACUUCUGCUUCAAUUCUUUGUAAAUUUUGGGGAUAGGGAAUGAAAACCAUUGUGCUCCCAUUCAGUAAAAUUGUUUAAACUGGAGAUGGAUACAUAAGCCUGCCCUAUAAUAAAAAAAAAUUAAACAUUCCUGUGAUGUAAAAUGACAGGGCAAUCAUUAGUAAACUAUCCCCCAAAUAGCUUACGAGUUGACCUCAUGUCAAUUUACGCCCUACUGUUCUACCUGCCAUUUAAAAUUUACCCUUUCUUUUGUUCUGUCACAUGAAUGCCUAUGGAAUUGCACACUCUAUUCUUACUUCUAUAUUCCUUUAAAAAUCUUUCAUCAAACCCUUUCAUUUAUGUCAAUGAUGAACACUUUGUAAUCAAUGUGCUCUAACUCUUUCCAAGUGCCUUCUCCAACAACAAAAAAAGUUGAAAAUGCCCAGUUUGCAAAAGGAGCCGAUGAGAAAAAUGUCAUUUUCUCCAGUCCUAUCAAACCAGAAACACAUAUAAUGCUGUUUCCUACUGCUUGUACUAUGUCUUUGCAGGGAAGCCAUCUGCCCUAGCAGUGCAAGCAUGUUAUUGAAACAUGUGCUUUGCUAUAGUUGAAUGUCAUUUUGGUGAAAUAUUUAAAAUUAAUGUGUUUUAAUGUAUUUUUGGUAUAUAUAAUAUCGGCAUGAUUUUUAUUUGCUUUCUUUUAUUUUCACUGCAUUUAUUUUUUCCACAGUUAAUAUAGUCUAAAAGACAGGAAUUGUCACUGUCUUUUGAAUGUAACAGGAAAUAAAUGUCAGUUUUUAACUUCAGACAAGGUCACACCACUCCCUGCUACUUUGACUGAGAUGAAAUUGGUGUUGUGUAUUUGAGUGCAGCAGAUGCAAACGUAAAAAGGUUAAAGUUGUGGCUCUUUGGUCAUUUCUAAAGCAACUUAAUAAAUUUAACAUCUUGCUCUUUGUGUGGGUUGACUCUGAUGGCAUGAUGAGGAAUUGCAUUAUUAAUUUGAUUUUUAUUCAUUUUAUAUCACAUAUGACUUUUUUCAUUUUACAUCAGUUGUGUUUUUGUAUAUUUCCAAAAUGUUUUAAUAUUAAGAAGUUGACCUUCAAAACUAUUUUUACAAAAUGCUUUUUUUUGGCAUAAAUUAUAUGUGACUCUAUUAAUCACAGCCAUCUCUUUUCUUUACUGGUAUUACUGUGUUUUUUUUAUUGUACGACCUUCUGUAACUCACUGGAAAAAGUGAAGUACACUCUUGCUUAUCUACUUUCUGCUGCUGGUUAUUUCAAUAUUGUUGCAUCAAUCACAGGAGUUGCAAGUGCUUAUUUUUUUAUAAUAUUCUGACCACUGUGUGGUCAGUUGUGCACAGUUUUUAUUUUGUAGUGGCACAUUAAGGAGUUAUUUUUGGUUAGGCUCAUAUACUGGAGCAGCCUGCUCUAACUCUCUCAGGCACAGUAGCUCCAUUAUCAAUAUUAGCCACUUGACAGAUGUGCAUCACGGUAGAUGCUAUUGGCUGGAUCACAAAAUUUUCCAGUGCUAUUUUUGUGUUUUUAUUCUCUUCAUUCAAAUAACAAUGUAAAAAACUAUAACGCUGGUGGCAUUAGGCCAGAACAGCGAUGGUUCAUGCCACCUGCCAUCUUACGGUCUUAUCCAUGUAAGAAAGUACAUGACUGCUCUCAAAACUUUCUACUAUUUUGUGAAGGUGCUAUCCUGUCUCUGUACAGCACAAGGUAGGGAGAGAGCAGAAACCAGAACAAAGCAAUUCAUACAAGUAAGCUGAAUUCAUAUCCUGUCCAACUGUGUACCAGAGUCAUUUGCCUUAACAGCACCAUUAUCAUGUUGUACAGAAAAUCCUGCAGAGAAAGCAGGUGCUAUUAUAUCACCUUAUGACUGAUUUAUAUAUUUAAUCAUAGCUGCAAGAUAACAGGAAAUUGCAAGUAACUGAAACUUUUCAUGGGAAGUUAAAGCACUCAAGGUUUUCUUAAGUCAAAUUGUAUUGGUUUGUUCAAGGGAGAAAGAGUGUCUUCAUCAGUAGGGAAUAUGAUUUUAACAGCAGUCAAAACUUUAACAUGUUCUUCA